AUGUCGCGUGUUGAGGCCUAUUUAAAUGAACAGAAACAAGGCGGUCCAUUGAUAAACGAAUGGCUUGAACUAGAAUCAUUAUAUCAACGACGAUUAUGGCAUGAAUUAACAUUAAAAGUAAACUCUAUUGUUCAUCGAGAAGAAUUACAACAAGGUGAUCAGUUAUUAAAAUUAUAUGAAAAUUUUAUUUCUGAUUUCGAACAUCGUAUUAAUCAAUUACAGUUAGUGGAAAUUAUUAUACCAAUCACACGUGUAUUCAAACAAGCUGAUGAAGCCAUUAAGUUUGUAGAAACAAUUAAAGAAAAAGUUAAAGGAAAUUCAUUAGCGGUUCUACUGUGUGAUAUAACAAUAGCUAAAGCUUAUUUAGUAACAAAAAAUUUACCAGAAACGAAAAGUAUUAUUGAACAAUUACAAACGAAGUUUGACGAAAUAGACCAUGUAACAUCUGUUCAUUCACGUUAUUAUGAUUUAGCAUCAAAUUAUUAUAGUGUCAUGGGAAAUCAUAGUGAAUAUUAUAAUAAUGCAUUGAAAUAUCUAGGUUGUAUUGAUAGCAAAACAAUUCCUGUAAAAGAAAAAGCUGAACGUGCAUUCAAUCUUGGUUUAGCUGCAUUAUUAGCUGAAAAUGUCUAUAAUUUUGGUGAAAUAUUACAACAUCCAGUUUUAGAAGCAUUAAAAGAAACACGUGAACAAUGGUUAAUCGAUCUAUUACAAGCAUUUAAUGUUGGCGAUGUUGAUAAAUAUGAACAAUUAAAAAAUGUUUGGCAAGUACAACUCGAUUUACGUAUGGCUGAUCCAACUUUAAAACGAAAAAUAACAUUAUUAUGUUUAAUGGAUAUGAUAUUUCAUAAUACAUCACAGAAUCGUUGUUUAUCUUUUAAUGAUGUUUCCAAACGUACAAAAUUACCUUCUGACGAGAUUGAGUUAUUGGCUAUGCAUGCACUUUCACUAGGACUUGUUCGCGGUUCAAUUGAUCAAGUGGAUGAAAAAUUAAAUAUGCAUUGGGUUAAACCAAGAGUUCUAGAUUUAACACAAGUAGACACACUAAAAAAACGUUUGGAUAGUUGGGCAAUGGAUGUGAAAAAUAUGAGUUAUUUAGUUGAACAAAAAGCAAGUGAUAUUUUAUCGUAA